UCACAAAAUUCAUCAACAAAUGUGAAAUUUACUAGAAGCAGAGCAAGCAACCAUUGCUCCUUCUCUAACAAGCCAUCUUUACUUUCCUAGUUAGCGUUCUCCCCAAUCCAUCUUCACCUUCACAUUCUUCAUCAUCACCCACAAUCUCUCACUCUCUCUCUACUUUCUCUCUCUAAAAACUAUUCAUUCUCAUAGAGGUGGUGACUAGCUGUCUUCUCCAUUAAAUCUUUCACGGCCAUAUUUUCCCACCAGAAAAAAAAGGUGAACAAUCACUCCCUUCACGGUUACGUCUCACAUAAAUCCAUCCACCUCUUCUAUCCCAUAUAUAUACACACACACAUAUAUAUAAUAUAUACACAUCCCAUCUCAAAUUAUCAUGAAGGGAGUGUUUGAAAUGAUUUCCUUGAUGGUUACAUUGCUCCAGCUGCUAUCUACAACUUCUGCAAUUUUAGACCCGGUAGAUUUUCUGGCAUUACAAUCGAUUCGAAAAUCGCUAGAAGAUCUCCCUGGGUCGAAUUACUUUUCAUCAUGGGAUUUUACCUCAGACCCAUGUAACUUCGCUGGAGUUUACUGCGAAGGUGGAAAAGUGAUCGUGUUGAACCUCGGUGAUCCGCGAGCAGGCGCCCCUGGUCUUUCGGGGCGCCUGCAUCCGGAUAUCGGAAAGUUGAGUUCCCUCACGGAGUUUACGGUUGUUCCCGGGAGGAUAAUGGGGGCAUUGCCAGUAACACUGUCGAAGUUAAAAAACCUCCGGUUUUUAGCGGUUAGCCGGAAUUUUAUCUCGCAAGCAAUACCAGCGGAGUUAGGGGAGCUUAAGCAGUUGAGAACCCUUGAUCUGAGUUACAACCAGCUCACUGGUAGUAUACCAUGGGCUAUUGGAAAUUUGCCAGAGUUAACUAACGUUAUUCUUUGUCAUAACCAUUUAUCGGUAUCUAUCCCUCCGUUCAUCUCGCAGAGUCUAACGCGGUUAGAUCUGAAGCACAACGAGUUAUCAGGCAUCAUAGAGCGGAACUCACUACCAUCAUCGCUACAAUAUCUAUCUCUAUCCUGGAACCAACUUACGGGUCCGGUGGACCAGCUCUUGCCCAGGCUCAACAAACUAAACUAUCUUGACCUGAGCUUGAACCAGUUCACCGGACCCAUCCCAGGUUGCGUGUUUGGUUUCCAAAUCACCAACCUGCAACUUGAAAGAAACCGGUUUUCUGGACCGGUCCAACCGGAAGGUUCGGUAACGAUCCCCACAGUUGAUCUUAGUCACAACAUGUUGUACGGUCAAGUGUCGCCGCUUUUUGCGACGGUUGAGAAUCUUUACUUGAAUAAUAACCGGUUCACCGGUUCGGUUCCGACGGUUUUUGUGGACCGGUUAACGGCUGGUGAUAUACGAUUGUUGUAUUUGCAACAUAAUUUUUUAACCGGUAUGCCGAUCAACCCCAGGACUGAAAUACCUCUGAGCAGUUCGCUGUGUUUGCAGUACAAUUGUAUGGUCCUACCGGUUCAGACUCCAUGCCCGAUUAAUGCGGGUACACAAAAGACCCGACCCACUUCACAAUGCAUGGAAUGGAAAGGGUAAAUGGGGAAUUACUAGUUUAUAUACUUUUUUUUAUUUUGUGGAGGGUGGUUUUAGAUUCAAUUUUUGGUGUUGAAAAAUUGGGAAAAUUUGAGAUGAUCAUGGGGAAUUGGUGAUCAUGAUAAUAUAUUUCUUGUGAAUAAUCUUUUUUGGAGGAAUUCUAUAAUAUAAUUGUCUUAUUAUAUGUGGAAAUGAUUUGUUUAAUGGUGUAAUAAUAAUAAUGUUUUGGAUGUU